UGUAGGUCGCGUGCGUGUGUGUCAGCGGACUAGCCGCCCUUUCAUCCCGUCGGCGAAUCGUCGGCACAUCACGGUCUCGUACGCACGGGCGAAUGCGGUUCCCGCGGUACAGCGUAGGCAAUAUUAUGAUAAGUAAAAUCAUAAGAGUAAACGAUAUCAGUACAUCGAUGUGCCGGCGGUUAUCGCAAUAAUAUUGUUAUUCAAUUAUCGCGAACACAGUAGGUACGAAGUGAAAAUCGUUUAUCGUUUUCGGUUUUGUUUUUGCGGUGCUCGCGAGCCAUGAAGACCGACGAAGAAAACGUUAGUUGGACCAGUGAAAUGUCUAAUCCACCGAUUGGGACAGAAUUUUCACCAUCGUUAAUUACUACAAAGGUCGUGAGUUCUACUCCCCCAAAUGAAUUCACACCAAAUAAGGAUGAAAUUUUACCAAGGCCAAAUUCUGUACUGUUCGAGAUGCCAACAGUAAAGCAUUUGUCCACACUGAACACUUCCGUAAAAAAAUUACCUCAUCAGAUGAAAAGGGAAUCGACAAUUGAAGAGUUACAUAAUACCUGGAGAAAAAUGGGAGCGCAAGCUCUUGCUACGACUCUGUCUGCUCUCUACGGCAAACUGUUGGUCGUCAUGGGCAUAGCUUUUCCGAUGUCUGAAGUGAUAUCUACACACAUUCCUCAUUCGUUUUAUGAGGGUUAUUACUUAUACCUUUAUUUCGGAAGUAUGGCGUUUCUUUUUUACAUGUACGCAAUGCUGCUCAAGGGCAAGCCCACCAUGACACCGGUCAACAAUAACUUUAAUAAUUCGGUCAGCGAUUCCUUAUCCGGAAGAGGUUCGAACAGCGAUGGCGACUCGGAGUAUUACGAAGACAACGACGACGACGACGACUUCACGAAUGCCGCUGGCGUCGAAAUGGACCAUUGGACGUCGUACAACCCGAGAACUCGGAGACAAUCGUCUCACCUCGUGUUGCCAUCUACUUUUCAGCAUUACGGGAGUUUCUACCUGAGAAUGGGCGCUGUUGCUUUCGGCAUAGGCAGUAUGAUUUAUUCUGGUCUGGAGUUCGGCCAGUACUUCGAACUUGAACCGGCGACGAAGUGCCAUAAUGUGCUUCUAGUACUCACGCCGGCCACAAGAAUGGCAUUCAUAUUUAUACAGAUGUAUUUUAUCUUUUUGAAUGACGAGCAACAAAUGAGAGUGACGCGUCACCGAGUAUUGGCAAAGUUUGGACUUAUGCAUAUGAUCGGCACUAAUCUUUCAGUAUGGCUUAACGUACUCGUACAAGAAACUAAACACGAAAUACUAACUUUUUACAAUCCGGCGGACAAUUCUAUCGGUGUCGAUAAACAACCAAAUCAUUUUUCACUGUUCAAAAAGUGGACGACCACCACGACGCAGUCACCGGCGUCGGUCAUGUCGUCGGUAGCCGAACGGUUGCGGCGCAGCAUCAACGGGGGCCCGCACCACAUCUACGAGUGCCGCCGGACGAACAUCAUCGGGUCGCUGGUGCAAAACGCCAGCCCGUUCCUGUUCCCGUGCACGAUCGAGUACAGUCUGAUAUGUGCAGCCAUACUGUACGUGAUGUGGAAGAACAUCAGCCGGGUGCACGCGGACGUGUACCGGCAACGGAAGGCGGAACGGUGCGAGAACCUGGCGCAGAUCACGCACUACCGGAAGUCGCCGCACUACUACUCGGUGGAUUGCGCGCAGGCGCACAAGGGCCUGUUCGUCGGCAUCCUGUUCCUGGUGCUCACCAUCAUCUCGCUGAUACUGUUCUUCGUGCUCAUUUCCCGCCCGGAGCUCAUCACGUUCGCCGUCAUGGAGGUGAACGUCUGCGAACUAUCGCUGUACGGCAUGACCACGCUCGCCACCAUUGUCGGCAUGAUGCAGGUCAGGCAGCUGAAGUUUGACGGGCUGCGGAACCUCGAGCUGGACAACAUACUGCUGGUGGGCGCCCAGACGGGCACGUUCAUAUACAGUACGUUCACGAUAAUCAGCGGUCACUUCACCGAGGAGAACAACACGAUACUGGUGCUGAUCACCGCGUCCGCGUCACUGGUGCAGACGUUCUGUCAGACGGUGUUCAUACUGGACGCGUCCCGGCGGUCGUGCGUUACGCCCGACCAGAUACGCAAGAAGCCUGGCAGGGAGAUCGUCACGUUCCUGUUGGUCAGCAACUUGGCCAUGUGGGCCAUCAACACGCUGGAAAAGUCCCGGGCCGACUCGCAUCCCAUACAGCUUCACUUCUACGGCCUGUGGGCGUGGACCAUCAUCACGCACGUGUCCAUGCCGCUGGCCAUAUUCUACAGGUUUCACUCGACCGUGUGUCUGUGCGAAAUCUGGAAACGGUCGUACAAGAUCAAACCGUCAUACAUGUGAGGGCGGCGUGGCCCGCUCCACGACCUCUUCCGAAACCGUACCACAAAAUCGUUUAAUGUAUAGUAUGAUGUCGAUAAUGUUUAUUAUUAUUGCAAGUUUGGCGGGGUCGCGUCGGCGACUGGGCCUGCUUAUAGUCACCGGUUCGAUUCUCCGGCUCUUCAAAAAUUCAGUGUCUAUUGUAAAGUAUAUUAACCACUUUCGGUAUAAUUUAUUCGCGGAUCGGAUGUGUGUUAAUUCCGCCCAAUAUGAGUAGGUAAAAGAAGAUCCACUGUAAAUUCCACCUUCAAACGUUUGUAGAUAUAAUUUAAGCGUGUGUGAAUUAGGUAGGAAGUUUGGAAUUCGAAAUUUUACAUGGUAAUAAGCUGAAUUGGUUCCCGUUUAAAAUUUAAAUGUAGUCCUAUGUUGUCAUCCGAAAAAAUAGUUUCAGAAGUUGUCCGAUAUAUGGAUCGUUUUCUUUUAAUUUUACAGAGAGACCAAUCUGUUGGAUUUUUCUAUAUCUUGACUGACAUAAAUAGAAUCUACAAUCUCAUAUGAUUUCAACACACCAGAAAUUAACGAGAAUAAUUUUGAUUUAUUGUAUUUCUAUAAUACUCAUAAGUCAUAAUAUAAUCUGAUUAUCUGCGUUAUAUGUGUUAAAGUUUUUUACGCGCAUCAAAACUUACCUUAUUCACUGAAUUUAUACCUUACUACUGAAGAAUUUAUCAGGAAUAAUAAUCGUUAAGUUUUCAAUAUUCCACACCUGUACUUAGGUAGCACGUUGGUACACAUAAGUAUAAGAUAUAAGAUACAAUUAUGGCUGAAUUAAAUAAAUCUUCAAUUAAUGUGGGAAAAAAUUAUUAUUGUUGGAAUAUUGUAGAUUUGUAUUUAUAGUUAAAACAUUUAUACAUUUAAAAUUAUUAUCAUUAAUAUUUUUUUUACCUGUUAGUUUUGGAUGGAAUUUACAAUCGCCUAUUUAUAGAUGACUGACAAAACGGUUUUUUAACUUUUUAACACAUCAAAACUAUUAUAGGGUUAUGACGAGGAUUCAAUUCUAAAAUUUUGAUUAUUUUUGGUACGGUUCUAGGUCUUUCAUCAUCGUGUUUUUACGCGUCCACACUACCACCGCCAUAUAGAUAUUAAUAUAUUAUUAUUGUAUUUUUAUUAUUAAUAUUAUAUAUUUGUUUUAUUAAAAUGAUUGAAUGACUUACGCGUUAAUAUAUUAUAUUGUAAUGGAUGGUUCGAAUAAUUAUAUAUGAACCUAACCAAGUA